UCAAAACAAAUUGAAUUAUUCUAUUCAUUUUCAUGUAGUGUACAGUGCAGUGGAAAAAUUCUUUUGAAUUGCAGUUACAAUCUUGUAAAAACACAUUUACAUUCAUCAGAGCGGCACAACUGUUUUUUAAUCUAUUGCGAAACUGAACAAUUCCAAGCUUUGAAUUAGGAACUAGCUGCUAGCCAUAGACAGUCGUUUAACUAAAAAGGUUUGGAGGUGAUCAAAAAACUGGUCCAACCAGGACUUCUUUUGGUUUAAGUGAAUAAAAAAACUUUCUUCGAGAAAAUGGCAGAUACGAAAUCCCAAGCGGAAACAUUUAUUCAAAACAUCCUGGGCAUUGAUGAUGGAAAAGCAAGCUUAGGUGCGGGCGAACUACCUAUGGCCAGGAGUUUUUUCUGUCCGCUCCUGCUGCUUAUUCUUUGGAUAGUCUCCUUAAGCAUUUUGGGUUGUAUAUGCGUGUGCUGCAAAUUUGUGAAAUCGGAAUCAUUUACGAGCUACGACUCCGACAGCUUUGAGCUGCAGGAGGUUCAUAUCGUGGAGCCCACACUUGGACAUGUCAAAGGAUGUGCGUGCCUGGAGUGCCUGCAUCGCCAGUUGUCCAAGGAGUUCGAGCAAAGCAAUGGAAAGUAAAUUAAAUAGUACCUGAGCAUU